AUGUUAACAGUAAUACUACUUGGUGUUGCCACAUGUUUGGUUUUCCUUUACUUCAAAUAUGGCGGUCGUCCUAAGAAUUUUCCGCCAGGACCAAGAGGCCUUCCUCUUGGUGAACGUUUUUACAAACUAAAAGAAAAGUACGGCCCUGUUGUGUUUGUACAAGUUGGGCGGGAAUACUGUGUGAUACUGAAUGAUUUCAACACGAUUCACAAUGCAUUGCUGAAAGAAGGGAAAAUGUUCUCUGGGAGGCCGAGCAACUACAUUUUUGAAAUAAUUACAAAAAAAAAAGGACUUGUAGGUGUUGAUUAUGGACCGGCGUGGAAAACGUUGCGAAAGUUCGGCAACCAGGCAUUGAAAGGAUAA